CUUGUCAGCGUCAACGACACAACAAAACCUCUGCAAAAUGCAAGCAUACCGCCAUUUCACACUCAGAAUGGAUAUGGCUUCCGCAGCUACUCACCACGAUAAGCAAAAUCCGUCUCUAGGCUCUUCGAAGAGAGUUGCGGUGGUUGGUGCAGGCGUCAGUGGUCUUACUGCAGCAUACAAGUUGAAAUUGCAUGGUUUCAAUGUCACUGUACUUGAAGCAGAUGGGAGAGCUGGAGGGAAGCUGAGAAGUGUUUGCCAAGAUGGCUUAAUAUGGGACGAAGGAGCUAAUACCAUGACUGAAAGUGAAACAGAAGUCAGAUUUUUGCUUGAUUCUCUUGGCAUAAGAGAGAAACAACAAUCUCCGCUUUCACAGAACAAGCGCUAUAUAGUCCGGAAUGGAACUCCUGUAUUGUUACCAUCAAAUCCCAUUCAGUUGGUAACAAGCAGCAUUCUUUCUACAGGGUCAAAGCUUCAUCUACUUAUGGAGCCAUUUUUGUGGAAGAACAAAAAGCUUCAAAAGGAGUCUGAUACACAUGAAAGUGUUGGUCAAUUUUUUCAGCGUCAUUUUGGGAAGGAGGUUGUUGAGUAUCUUGUUGAUCCAUUUGUUGCGGGCACCGCUGCUGCUGAUCCUGAAUCACUUUCUAUGCGCCAUGCAUUUCCAGAACUGUGGGAUAUAGAAAAAAGGUUUGGCUCAGUCAUAUUUGGGGCAAUUCAAUCUAAGAUAUCAGCUAAGAAGAAGAACCAAGGGCAAGUUGGUGCUUCAAAAAAUAAGGCUCGGCGUGGAUCCUUUUCAUUUAUAGGUGGAAUGCAGACACUUACAGAUGCACUGUGCAAGGAACUAGGCAAAGAUGAACUUAAACUUUCAUCCAGGGUUCUAGAAUUGUCAUCUAGCCACAGAGAAAACUCUCUUGAUAACUGGUUUCUUUCUUAUGCCUCACCUCAUAGGAAACACUCAGCAGAGGAAUCAUUUGAUGCUGUUGUGAUGACGGCCCCUCUCUCUGAUGUUAAAAAUAUGAAGAUCACUAAGAAGGGAACCCCAUUUUUGCUCGACUUUCUUCCUGAGGUCAGUUAUGUUCCUGUCUCUGUCAUGAUCACAACAUUCAAAAAAGAAAAUGUAAAGCGGCCACUUGAGGGGUUUGGAGUUCUUGUACCAUCUAAAGAGGAACAAAAUGGUUUGAAGACACUAGGAACUCUUUUCUCUUCAACGAUGUUUCCAGAUCGAGCACCAAGUAAUGUUUAUCUUUACACUACUUUUGUCGGUGGAAGUCGAAAUAGAGAACUUGCAAAAGCUUCAAGGGAUGAGCUGAAGCAAAUUGUGACGUCUGACCUUAAGCAGUUGCUGGGUGUAGAGGGAGAGCCACAGUUUGUGAACCAUGUCUACUGGAGUAAAGCAUUUCCUUUAUAUGGUCGUAACUAUGAUUCAGUCCUGGAAGCAGUUGAAAACAUGGAGAAGAACCUCCCUGGAUUUUUCUAUGCAGGUAACCAUAAAGGAGGACUAUCUGUAGGCAAAGCAAUUUCAUCUGGUUGCAGUGCAGCUGAUCUUGUAAUCUCAUAUUUGGAAUCUUCAUCAGUUGAGCCUUCAAAUCACCAAUGAAUGCAGUAGAUAAGUGAGUAAUCUUAUUGGACCACAUGAAUUUAGUAUGCUGCAGAGAAGUGUGACCUUACUACCAAAUAUCAACCACAUCAAUGCUGUAUGAAUAAAUGGAUUGUUUGGGUGUGAGGGAAAUUGUGCACAACCUUUCUGGUUUUGUUUUGUUGUUACUGCAAGUGGAUGGAGUAUCUGUACCUGUUUUGGUGAAAAUGGUCCCCCUGACCCCUCAAAUGUUUGAUCUUUGCACUUUGACCUCUUCUACGUCUUCCCGUAAUGGUUAGGUUAAGACUAUAGCAGUAGUAGUGUGCAUUAAAGAAGCUGAAAUAUAUAGGUGGUGGGUGGUGGGCAAAAAGGUACGGCUUCCCGUUCUUCAUUAACUCAUCCAAAACUCUUUUUGUUAUCCCGUACUGUUGGCUUUUAUUAUCCAGGCAUCUUUAUCAUACACCAAUACUUUUGUGUUUGAUAUACUCCGUGUAUGUUAUACUAUAUUAAGCUUAUGGUUAUGGCACGGUUAACGGGGCCUUAAAAUCUUUCAAA